UCCAUCCAAUGGGAUUACAUUUUCUAACAGUAUUCGGCACUGCUCUAACUUCAGACCUACAGACGGUUGUUAGCAGAGUAGAGGAAUUACUAGUAAGCUACCUGAUAGAUUGAAGAGUUACCUAUAAAAUAGAAUUUUAAUUUCAGGAGUGAAUUAUCACACCCUCUUAUUGGCUCUGGAACUAGUCUUGAGGUGCAUUUAAAACAUUUAGGCUACACCAUGGCAAACACCUGUUUGCAGUUAAGCGGUUUUAUGGUCAGCUGCAUUGGAUGGAUUGGAAUCGUAAUCGCCACGGCCACAAACGACUGGGUGGUGACUUGUAAAUAUGGAAUGAAUACCUGCAAAAAGAUGGAUGAGCUGGGGGCUAAAGGUUUAUGGGCAGACUGUGUGAUUUCUACUGCGCUGUAUCACUGCGUCUCUUUAACCCAGAUUUUGGAUUUACCAGCUUACAUUCAGACGUCUCGUGCCCUGAUGAUCACUGCAUCGAUCCUCGGUUUGCCCGCCGUGGCGAUCGUGCUGUGCUCAAUGCCGUGCAUCAACUUGGGAAAUGAGCCGGAGAGCGCUAAAAAUAAACGGUCUGUGCUCGGCGGGAUACUCAUUCUGAUCAUAGCCAUGUGUGGGAUCGUCUCCACUGUGUGGUUCCCUAUCGGCGCCCAUCAGGAGCAGGGCCUCAUGUCCUUUGGCUUCUCCCUCUACGCCGGGUGGGUGGGCGCCGCCUUCUGCCUGCUGGGGGGCUGCCUGAUCACCUGCUGCAGCAUGGACAGCCCCGCCCCCUACGCCGACAACAACCGCUUCUACUACUCCAAGCAGGGACCCAACACCGUCCCACCCUCCACCAAUCACGCCAAGAGCGCUCAUGUUUGAAUGGGCUCUUGCAACACACUUUUUUUUACCGAGGAAUGGAAAGACCCUAUGUGCCUCACUGUCCCUUCUCUAUCGCGAUUACCACUAAAAUGCCCGGUUACCAUGGGGCGAUUGGACGCUUAUUUGGCAAGGAGUGACUUUGUGUGUGAUAGACUAGAGCGCUUCCUCGUGUCAGGUGCGUGUGUGGCAGGGCGAGGCAGAGACUCUCCCUGAUGUUACGUAACAAACCCCAGCUCCCAGCUCGCCAGCUCAAGAGCAGCACUGCUGUCCACAGUGAACAAAGGGGACAUGAUUUUAAAGUUGUUUGAUUUUAUUUGUGGUUAUGCUUUGUGCACAUUGCAAAAAUGUUCCUUUACCUUUAGCUACCGGAAUACGGAAGCCCAGAGGUGUGACUGCAAGAUUUGUUUUUGUGUGUGUGUGUGUAUAUUGAGAUAUCGUAUUACUAUAGAGUGUGUGCUCAUUUGACUAAAUUGUGCACUCGUUUUACAAGAUUGUGCACUCCAUUUUGUAGAUCCUGUGCUCGUUUUACUAUAUAGGGUUCUCAUUUUACUAAAUUGUGUCUCAUUUAAAUUUUGUGAAAUGAGCUUAUUUACCAAAUGGAGUGCACUAUUUAAUAAAACGAACACAGGAUGUAGUAAAAAAAGAAAAAGUGCACUAUUAAGUAGAACAAGUGCACAAUAAUACUAAAUUGUGUGCACAUAAUAGUGAAAAGAGAGCACAAUUUAGUAAGACACAAUUCAGUAAAAUGAACAGACAAUUUAGUAUGAGUGCACGUUUUCUCAAUGUACAAAAAUAUCUUACAACGACAUCUACAGGAAUCUGCAAUGGAAGUAGCGAUAUUGUUAUAGUGUGCAUUUUAAAUAAAUGAAAAGACAAAACAAAACUAACACAAAUCAUUUGAAAUGUAAGUUAGUUUCUCCUUAAAUGGGGAACAGAAUAGGCUACUUACCUGUCUUCUGACCCAAGAUGAAUGGCGAAUAGACAUACUGUAUGUAACCAGUUCCUCUUUAACAAUUUUCUAUUACGUCGAGAGACUUGUAGGACAUCUACACCAAAGUAGUUUGUGAUUUUCUUUAUUUAUUGCAACAUUUGUAUCAAUUUGUAUUUUUUUAUUUUUAAUAAACAAUGUCUUUCACACUC